UUCUGUCUUUUAACAGACGAUAAUGAGUGCAUCAACAGUCCAUGCCAACAUGAAUGCACCAACACAUAUGGCAGUUACACAUGCAAAUGCUAUUCUUGCUACACCAAGCUGGGUACACAAUGUGACUUGAGGCAAUGUAAGAUCAACAACCACUGUCACGUGUAUGGUACAGUGAACCCUAGCAAUCAGUGUCAGGUAACAUUUCUAAGACUUUCAUAUAGAUUUAGCCAAGCCUAAAAGCGGAGCUCUGGUUAGUUUAUUUUCCAGCCCUCUAUUAUUCUGAAUAAAAACUGAAAUAAAACUCUUCAUCACUGGCUGUAGAAGAGUUUCUUUAAGGAGGUUUAGAGACCAGUCCGGGGGAUGGGCAGGGGGGAACAAUUGACGAGGUCUGAAACUUGGGGACGAUGUUCUCACAACUUGCAAGGCGAUCAACACGCAUGCUAGUCAGCGGUAUCAUCAAACAGCCUAGGACCCUCAUUGUUGUUCCUGGUGUUUAAAGCAAAUUUUCGAAGGUAGGGAAUGUUUUCUUCUUCAGAUGAAGUGUAUGAUGUCAGCAUCAGUGAAAAUUAAAUUCCAUUGAACGUGACUCCAAAUUUCGGUUGGGGAAAUUGAGCCAAAAUCGAAAGAAACGACGGUAAACUGCUUCGCGUUAAGGCACUACUGGUCGAUUGAGGAGUGAGAACAGUGGGUCUGUAAAACAAUACACCAGAAUCGUAUGGGCUUCUCUUAUAUCUCCGCUUGAAGUUGCCAGGCAUGACUGCAUGCCCCACUGGUUUUCCCUAACAUUUCGGUAACCCCUGCUGCAACUCCAUUCCAUGUGGGUGUCUUUAGGAAAACUUGAGAUAGUACCUGGAUUACAUUUUUCCAUCACAGAAAUCAAUUCCAAACGUCAAUCAAGUUUUCUCUUUAGUUUAAAAGUUGAGUUGAUAUCGUUAUUGGCUAUAUUAAAUAGGUUGAACAUUUUUAGUGGUAUUUCCUCGUGUUUGCAAUCAAUUGAAUUUCCUGGAAGGUGGAGUUGUUGCAACAUGAAACGCAACAAUAAGUGUUAUUGAUAUGUAAAAAGUUGUUAUUUGACUAUCUAAUGGCAAGUCUUUGUAUUAUAUUUCAACCCAACCAUUUUCCACAACUUGUAAACACUAUUGCAAAAUAACUAGUCAAGGAAAUGGAAAAUUUGUGGCAUAUACAACAUGUUUGAAAUGCCAUGUCCAUAAAAAGCUAUCAGGAUUUAGAAGGGUGUAUGAGGAAAUAGGCUCUCUUGUCGGUAUCAUUAAUUUGCUAAUCACUCCUGUUGGCAACGUUUUGAUAAGGUUAGCCUCUCAGGGGAAAGGAAAUGAGGAUUUAAAUAGGCAGUGACUUUUUUCAAACCUGGAAACUAGUAUCCCAAAAGCCAUAAUUGCGCCUGGUAAUUUCCUCAUUCUUAUUCUGAUAAACUAGUUUUAAGAAGGAUGCAAUAAUUUAUUACAUAAAUUCGAUGCAUAGGCUGUGCUCAAAACUUUGAUAUGACUAUACUUUUAUCGCCAAUACCAAUCCCUACACAUAAUAAAAUGUCAGUUGGAUCAGAGGAAAAAAUAAUGUGCCAUACAUCUGCAAGAGUUCAUACAAUUAUUUUAAUUACAUUAAUAUUAACUGAUACUAGGAAGUCUAGGAAUAUUCAAAAGAAUAUAGUUUGUUUGAAAAAUUAGAAUUCAGCAUAGCCCUGAUAAUCAAGAUUCCUUGAAAAAGAAAUGCUUACUAAUGAAAAAGCGAAGCAAACCUUUUUACAAUACCUGCCUGUAACUGUACAGCAGGAGGUAGUAAAAUCAUUCAAAGUAGUCAUAAUCCCGGUUUUAUAUGUUGAAAACACAAGCACAUGCAGAUUUUCUGUAAACCCAUAGUUCAAGCCUGCUGUGACUUCGAAAUCUUGAUGCACACCUCAAAAGUAUAACAAAUAAAUUUCAAGUUUCUAUUCAUUCAGUUUAGGUUAGUGAGGUAAAAUUGAGUCAAACAUUCAUACAAUGACAUGUUCAGGAAAUUUUCACAACUAAUUUAUAAGGUUAGCCUACCCGGAACAAUCACCUUCAUUUACAAUUUAGACCAGGGCCCAGUUUUAUAAAGGGCGGAUCAUGCUAUCCAACAGAUAAAUUGUUAUUUAACAGAUAAGUGAUAGCAAAACGUAUAGCAUUAUCCAUGGGAUAGAGUUUUAUCCAGUGGAUAGCGCUAUCCAACCUUCGAACGACCGGGGCCAUGUUUGUAAUGAUAAAGCACAAAAGAACUAUCUGUGGUGAGAGGGCAUGCUUCUCUUUGUUAAUUUAAAGAAAUACUGAGGUUAUCUUUCCACAAGCUCAGCAGUGAGUGAGAGUGAACGAGACUGAUAUUGACUAAUGUAUGUUAUUUGAAUAAAUAUUCAGAGGAGGCUAAAAAGUAAGAUAUGGUCUGCACAACUCUUAUUUUUAUUUUUCAAUCUAUAAAGCUAAGGCAUUUAUAUUCUUGCUUUAUGCAUUAUGUGGACGCCAAUUAAUUAAACUUUCAUGGGUUAAAAUAUAAACAAUGUUCUCUUCAUCUAUGAGCCCUAAACAUUACGGGGAAGGAGGCAGGUCAAAGUAAAAACAUGAAUUAAAAAAGGAGGGCCCCCAUUAAUUUCAGUCCUAGUUAGAGGAGGAUCCUUUCCUUUCCAGAUUCCAACCCUUUAAAACUUGCAUGUCUUGUGACAAGUUCUGUAUAUCAACAUUUUGUUUGGGUAUAAGUAUUGAUAAGAAACACUAUGCAUUAAAAAAAGAUUAAGCAAGAGUAUUUAAUGCAAUCUAAAUAACAACAUUACAUGUUACAAUGUAGUAACUUACACAGCAAAAUUAUAUAAUCACACAAUUCCAAAAAAAGGAAGUCAGGUUAUUGACUCACCUCCUUCAACUUUGAGGGCUUAAGGUACAGAGAAAUGGAUAUGGCAAAGAGUUACAAUUAAAACAAAGUUGAAAGUUUGAAAGCCAAAACAUAUGCAUUAUAAUCAUCAGACCCUAUGCAUCCUAGCAAAGAAAAGGUCAAUUACCACCAUAACUUCUUCUAAAGUAUUCUGCUAUGUUUUUUGUUAUCAUAUGGUAAAGUUUACAGUUACCCUCACUUCACUGUGCUCUGCUCAUUUGUUUGUUUGUUUUCUUAACAAUCUUAACUACACUGUAUUGUUGCCGACAAAUGCAAGGAGUGGCAUAGAAAGUGUGUACAGUUAUUAACCCUUUAACCCCUGAGAGUGACUAAGUCAUCUAAUUUCUCCUUUCAAUAUCAUCACUGAAUCAAACAUUAAGUUAUGAGAAUAAGGGAAAUGAUAAACAACUGAAAAGUCUCUUGAUUGUUAAAAAAAAACCUCCCAGCCAGCACCUUAGGAAUUGUGUAGAGAGCAGUAUGGAGAAUAUGCAUACUGAUGUUAGGGUGUAAAGGGAAAGCAGGUGAUUAGUUUUAUAUACGUAGAUUUUUGCUUGAAUAUGUGAUUGUGGUAAGUGCUAGUGCCUAAUAAACAUCAUUUUGUGGUUUUCUACUCUUCCACCUGGUAGGGUGCCUUGACAUAAAAAUUUAAGUUCAGCGCCUUUAGUAGCUUUUUUGGCUACAAAGAUCAACAAAGAACAACAGCCACACCAAAAAGGCUUUUUAGAGACACCUAUACAAUGGUAGAUACACACAACUGACAUGUAUGAGUAAAGCAUUUCACGAAUUAAAGAAGUAUGGUUGUCAAUUUGCUUUUCAUUACUUGCAAAGAGCUUAUUUCUAUCAUCUUUGAAAACUCCUGUAUCCCCACUUUCAAAGAAAAGCAUUUCCCAUGAAAAUUUUAAUAUUAAAGACAUAAGCUACCAGCAGCAGGUUUUCCCAUUGUAAGUGUUUCAUAAUAUCAGAUUCUCAUCACAAUUUUUUUGCUACAUUUGAAAGCAUGAGAAUAUUUUAAUCAUUAAAAUAUAACGAAAUCCCCAAUUUUAACCCUAAAAAGUCCCACUAGAGACCUACACAGAAUUUCUCCUCACACUAUCAAUAUGAUAUAAAGCAGACAAGAAAUGAGAAUAAAGAAAAAUAUCAAUUACAGGAUUAUUGGUUGAUCCAAUUCCAAAUGUUCCAAACUAACAUCACAUGAAUUGUAUGGCGACACUAUGGAGAAUUACUAACGAAAUCUUGGGAGUAAAAAAAACUACUAAAAUAUGGCGUAUCUAUUCACUUAGAUUUUAAUCAUUAGCUGGCACACAGAUAAAAAAGAGGCUUUGUGAAAAAACCAGGGAAACAAAAUUUAAGAUUCAGGAGAAGCCCAUGAGACUAAAUAGUACACUGAUGUUCUCACCUGAAUUCAAUCUGGAAAGAGAACUCUGCAGCACUUCUGUUUUAUCUUCUCACACUUCAAUUGUAACACAAACUUUAAUUAUUUGCAGGCAGGUUAAGAAGGAAAUUAAAGGAAUUGAUGUAUGUUACAUAAAGGGAAACCUCUUUAAAAAAAAAUGGAGCAGAUGCAUAUUACCUAAAUGUCUAUGCUUCUGAAUACAGCUACAAUAGGUAAAUUUAAGCAGUUAUCUACAUAUGUAAACCGGGUGCAAUACACGGUCGUAAAAGCAAUUUUAUUCUAAUCUUCCUCCUUAUAGGGUGACUUAUGUAUCAAAUAUAUCAAGUUCAAUACCUCCAGAGUCGUAAGCCGGGCUUUUGGGGCUACAAAAUAAUAAAAUAAUCAACGAUCAAAUUCGAGAGUCACUCAAGUAUAGUUUCCUAAAAUCGUAUGGACAGUUUAAAAUGAGCUUCACUUGGGCUACAUAUACUGAUUUAUUGUUCUUAAUUCCUUAUAAAAUUCCGAGAGUGUGACUCAAUUAAUCUGCAAGAAUAUAUCCAAGCAGGUUACAGAAAUGGUUCACGAAUUGUAAACUCGUGUCAACAAAACUCCCCAAAAUUAUGGUGCCGAUACGAAUAAAUAAUCACUAAUGAAAUUCCGAAUCGUACCUCAAUGAAUUCAACAGAAAAUAUUCAGGAAGGUUACAGAUACGGACUCUCAAAAACCGCUCUAGAAUUUGAAAAUUGUAAACAAGAAUUGUGUACGCUAACUAUGUGUUUACCAGCGUGCUUGUGAGCUCAAAUUGCCAGGGCCCCGAUUAAUUACACGAUCACAGCUCGAACGCUUCCUGUAAAAUGUGAUGACUAUCAGUUUCAGAAAUUAGUUCAGUUUCCAGAAUUAGGAAAAAAUUAUCGUAUCGCAGGUAUGUUCAUCAUAACCCAAGCAUUAAGUACGCCUCGAGAUGUUGAGCCAAGAGAAAGUGGCUCCAUGUUUUGUGAGACAAACCGCUUCUUCAAGUUCGAACGAAUCGAGCAGAAAGCAUGAAAACAUAGCGCUGAAAAGCACCAUGACCAAACAAUGAAAUUCACUCUUCCCACUUCAGGGUUAACACCAUUUUACCCGUGAAUUUACUUGCUCUUCACAUUUCAAUAUUUCACAUGACGAUAUUUUCAAAAUCAAAUUGCUGCGUCAGACUUAAUAUAAACAUAAACAUCGCCGACUCAAUCUCAUAAUAAUUCAAUUUUGGGAAAGGCUAUUACUUCGUUCUUAGGGUAAAACGACAAACCUUCGACAAAGCGCGAUUUUUUUAAAUGAAUAACGUAAACCUCGCGAUAACCAGCUGAAUAGAGAAUUGUAGAAACUUGCUCACGCCGUUCGCUAUCAUUUUAAAACUUCCUAGGCAAAACAUAAUCCGUAAGAUAACUUCUUUUCUCUAAAUACCACUACUGCAUUAAACAUUCCAAAAGGUAGGACAAGAAAUAAUUUGAAGAAUACUAACACUUUGAAAUGUUAUUCGAGAGAUGAAGCCGUGCGAGGGUUUAAAAGCGAUGAAUGCAAAGUCAUUGUUUUACCAAGACGUGAUUUGAAUUAUAAACUAAAGCUAGUAUCUAACGAAGAUUGGGAAAAAAAGGUUUGAAUUUUUCUCCGCAUUAGCGUAAGCGAAAGCCCUGUUAAGACACGACUUACCUCCUCUUCUUUCUAGGAUCCUUUAUGGUUCGCUUCUCUUUGUUGAUGACCCCUUUUCAGUCUGUUUUCUGGAGCUCUUUGUAUUUCCUUCUCCUUCGCCAGAUAUUCGCCUAUUUAAUAAUGCCUUUUCUUGUUCUCUUUCGUGUUCCUCUCGCCGAAUUCUGCCUAUUUUAGCGUCCUUUCUAACUUUUUUGCGCUUUUUUCUCGACUUACUUUACGCCUUUUACUUCUUGCUUUCUUUGGUGGCUCUGUCUCUUUCCUUCCAGCCUAUUUUCACUCAAAACCCUUCCUCCGCGAGCUUGAAUUAUAGCAAUUUCCUCCGGUUGACAAAGCUUUAGCUCUGCCGGUAUCGUCGCUUUGCGAGUUGAUUAAAAAUUUCAAAACACUGAGAGCUACUCUUAGAACAACCUCACCAGUUUGAUUUCACGCUCUAAACGCGUGUUACUAAUUAUUAGCUUACGCGGCGUCACAAUUAGUAGCUCAUGUAAAGCCCUCGUAUAAUGCCAAACCGCGCACCCACGAUAUAUUGCACACUUCAUUGAGAUCUUCUCCUUUGCCCUUCCAUUACAUAAUGGCUAAGAACGUGUCCGCAAUGCACUUGGCCGCACAUGUUAAAAGAAGCACCUUGUACGGUCGGUAGAACGGUCGUACGGUCGUAAGUCUCAAUUUUUUGGCUUGAUGGGUUACUAUUACUACUAUUUCGUAUAAUUAUUGGGUUACGCGGCGCGUGCUGCGAGCUCUGCUGGCAACAACGCACAUGAAAAAAGUUACUCAGUACUGAUUGGUUAAGAUAAAUGCAGUUUUCAGGUAGCUCAAUGCAGAAGAGGGUUAAUUCAGUGCAAAUAAGUAACAAACCAGACAUUCUGAUUUGUCAAUAAUCAAAAAAACUCACAAAUAGCUAAUCAAAUGCGAACCUUGCAUGUCGCAACAUUUGGAUACGCCAAAAAUUUACGAGCGAAACAAUGGCCGGCGUUUUAAGUAGGUUUUCUUUAAAAGAAAAUUACGAGAUAGCUUAUCAUAAUUAUGUAGAAGCAAAGCGCGCGUAUCAAGUGCAGAAAUAGUUCAUUCAAACCGGCGUGUUCGGUCAAAACAACCACGUACCAUCAAAACAAUAGGAUACAAUGAUAUUUUCCCAUCUUUAAGGCGCAAAAAAGUUCAGAGUCCGGCUAAACAGUUCAAGGAAUUGUUCAGUCUGUGUCGGAAUCACUUUCGAACACAGCACCUAAAAAACAGCUCUAACAAUGAAAACACUGUAAAAAGUACUGCUUUUUGGUUGACGGUUUGGUAGAACUGGUGUUUAGAGAAGGACAUCGCCAGGGACUUUUCCGUUUUUUCAAUAACAGGUCUACACAAAUCAAGAAUGUGAGAGGCUACAUAAUAAAGAAUAAAGUUUCAUUAAUAGCUCCUGAAAUUGCUUAUUCUCAAUAAAACUAUUCGUGGAAAAAUAUUGCCCUCUCUACCUUGCGAUUAAGUCCAUGAACUCCUCAGUGUUUUACUUGCCCACUAAGCAAAGAUAACCAAACUCUUCGUGAUCCAACUGAUGAAUGUUGAUGAAUCGUUUGUUUUCGUUGGAUAGGAUUGUAAUAACAACAACAAGUUCGCCUGGACAAACAACGAUGCGUUAUCGUGUACCGACGGCAUAGCAUGCACUAAAAACGAUCGCUGUUCUAAUGGGGUUUGCUCAGGCACGCCUUUCUCGUGCCUCCCGUGCGAGGAGUGCUACAAUGACGCGUGCCGCGUAAAAUCAGGAUACUGUGUAAUCAGCGAAAGUGGUAUGCGGCAGUGUUUCAAUCACGGUGCACUUCGACCAGGUCAUCAAUGCCAGGUAAUAUGGUUGGCAGCCUUGCAUCUUUCAUAAAAUUAAUAUUGAACUUCCUGUUGGAAUAACGGUGAAGCCCUUUAGGAAGAGGUGAAAAAUGUGCAUGAAUACUGAAUCCUCUUGUAAAGUCCAAAUGAAGGGAAAAUAAUAUUGAGUAUAUCUAAGAGGGCUAAAAGAGGGAGGCUGUGUCAGUAUUACAAUAUAAUUUGGUUUUAUCCACUGCGUUGAUAAUGUAAAUUGUUUACCGUAAAGGAUUUCUUAAGAUGGCGUUUCAAGCGUCAGCCCUUCACUUUGACGAAGGGCUAAAGCUCGAAACGUCGCCUUCAGAAACUCUUUGUAAUUAUAAUCAGGAUUCUUAUGAAUUGUUAAAAUGAUAACAUAUACACAAAUCGUUAUUGUUUUAUUCACGCUACUUCCGAUCUCCUUAGGAGUGUAACAGUAACCACAAUGAUAGAUGGACCAACAACAAUAACCUUAAGUGCAACGACGCCAAUCUGAAGACAAAAGACGACCGCUGUUUAAGUGGCUCGUGCGUGGGAACGCCCUACAACUGCCUGUCCUGUGAAAUACAUGACGGCAGGGGCUGUCCAAUCGAGCCUGGAUAUUGCAUAAUACAACAGGGAGGCCAAGGAACAUGUUACGCAAUGUAUCACUACAAGCCAGGAAAUCCUUGUCAGGUACGCCACCGUUCAGACUACGAACUUUGUUUAGAGGGGCAAGUUUCUAAAGAAACUGUGGUGCUGCGUCGGUGGGAGAGUAUAGCAGGUAAUUUAAUGUUAACAACUGAGUUGAAAACGUAAAUUUGCCACCUUAAAGGGUACAAAAACUGACGUUUCGCACCAUCGCUCUGACGAAGGGCUAACGCUCGAAACGUCAGUUUUUUUACCCUUUUCGGUGGCUAAUUUACGUUUUCAACUCAGUUGUUAACACUAAAUUACCUACGAACUUUGUUUGUUUGUUUGUUUACGAUCAGUUGAAAUGAAUAAUAUUUUGACCAGUGAAUAUUAUUCAAAAAAAGAAAUGAUCCGUAAAGGUGAGCUGCAAUAAAGAAAUUGGAGAGAAAAAUGUGAAAAAAUAAGGCUUUGAAGGUACUCGAAUUUGUCCGUCCCACAAAUAGUAAGGAUACAAUAGGCCUUCGCGGGUGUCCAUCACCAAAAAUUCAAAGAUUCUGCUGAACGGCAGUUUUGAUUUCAACCCUUUUUUUUUCAAGUUAAAAGCAGCUUCAGCACGCCGCGGCAAAACCUAAUGGUUGCUGGUCGAGUUCAAGCCUAAUUCACGAGCCUUCAACCGUUUCGGUGGGAUUGUUUCGCUUUUCUGCGGCCAGGCUUUUUUUAACUUUCACCUAAGGGCCUUUUACCUUUAUCAUUCUCCGUUCACAUUCUAGUUAAACGCAGACAAUUAGCAAAGAUCUCCAAGUGCAACUGAAAUCAGGAGAUGUUUACGCGACCAGGCUGUUGUGCCGCAAGAAACCCUUUGGGAGUCAUUCAUAUUGACAUGAUAUGAUUGGCUAUUCACGCUUUGGCGGGCUGAAGAAUUCAAGUAGAAAAUACGUUUGUGUAAACAAACAGAGUGCGUUUCCAUAUUUUACCUAAACUUUUCAUUACUUUACUUUACCGUAUACUUAAAGGAGCCCUUCUUCCAACUGAGCUACAAAGUCAAAUGUCGAUAAAGAGGUUCCUCUUUCGUGUAAAGGAAUCUCAUCGCAACAAAAUGAAAUAAGUGAUAUUGUGACCUGCAGAUAAGAUUCAAGUAUUUCUUUUGUUUCUUUCAGUGGUGUAACCCUAGCGAUAGUACCAGCACGUGGUCUAAUCGAGACGGCGUAGCAUGUGACGAUGGUAAUCCAUGCACACGUGCAGACAGGUGUCAAGGCGGCCAGUGCACAGCCACACCUUUCAACUGCGACCCGGUUUGUCAAUACUGUAAUGGAAAGAAUUGCAGUAUGAAAACUGGAUUUGGUUUUGCGAACAGCAAGUGCAUGUGUAAGAUAGCAGGUGAGUCAUAUUGCUCCAUGUUAUACUCAUUUUCUCGCAAUUGAUACCCGCUACGAGUAACAUACCAACACAAAAUAUGGUGUAUCAAUCCUUGAUGGCUAUUCUUUGGAAUCAAUUGCUAGUUUCCAGAUAUAUAGCAGCUUUAUCUCAAUAAUAAGCGUACAAUGUCACUGGGCGGCUGGUAUCUCGUUUUCAUUGUCAAUCUUUUGAGCACAUGAAACUAUCUGAUAACUUUUCUGCUCAUGCUGCAGGCCAGGACCAUAGUAACCAGGCAGUGAAUCCAUCAAAUCAGUGUCAGUGGUGUGACUUAUACGACACAGUAGCUCGUGCCAAUAGUGCUUGGAGUAAUCGCCCUGCAAUCUCUUGUGAUGAUGGCAACAAUUGCACAAAACAAGACACGUGUAACCUUGGCAAGUUAGUAUCGUUAACCCUUUAACUCCCAAGAUCUGAUUGUUUAUUCUCUCUUCUGGCUGCUUCACAUUCCCCUGUAACUUAGUUACAAGAAUUUGGAGUAAGAUCGAGAUAACAACUUCAACCUGAUAAGCUUGAGUAUUCUCAUUACCUGCUUGCUGCAUAAUGUAUGGAUAUCAUAGGGGGAAGUUACAUGUUAGUCACUUCCGGGAGUUACAGGGUUAAAGAGUAACGCCUGUUAACUAGCGAAAAAAAUUGCUCUCUUUAAACAAUCGCUGAAAGCCGAACUAGAGAUGAUAAUCAUGAUCUUCCAAAUAUCUACGAGGUCUUUUCUCAUUAAAUUUUCAUGGAGGCAAAACAUAGGAGGCCAUUCCAAAUCGCAAGACGGAACUGAAAACUAUAUUCCUUUUUUUGACAAAAUAAACCCGUGACGUUGUCGAUAUGCUUUCCAGUUCUCUAUAUUUUAAUUAGUAUUAGAGAGAAAAGCACUUCUUAAAGUUAAUUUAUGUAUACAAUAUAAUUAAUUAUCAUUUUUUUCUUGUAAUGUUUUACCUGCCACCCCCCAACAUCAACCAACACCUUAGAGUAUCAACUACCGACGAUGUAAAGAACUGAUGCGAUACAGCUAGGGAUUUAUAGGAACACUUGACUAAGAGAGGGGCCCGAAUUUUAUUGCCUUAUUAGGUGCAUUGGACAAGGUUACUCUUGCCAAGCUUCUUAUUCCGCCACAAGCUGUAUCCAAACCUCUAAGUGUGUUGGUGACGGAUCUUGCCACGCGAUCUUCAGGCCAAGUGGAGCAAUUUGCCGCCCAGCUUUAGACGCUUGUGAUCGGCAUGAACGGUGAGAGAUGACAGCAUCUUACGACAUUCAUGAUGGAAAGCAAUUUUAACUUCUCGAAAUCCUUUUUUGCUUGAUUUGUUAUUAGAAGAACCUUACUCGUUUGGUAUGCAAGCCAACCUCCUCACCUAUCAGACGCCAUGCCAAGCCACAGUUAAUUUGUUACGAAAAUUUCCAGCAUUGAUGACCGGCUAUGUUACUAAUUCCCCCAAACUCUAUUGACUAGUCUAGAUAAACUCAAUUUGAUGUCAAAAAAAAUCAGCAUACUUUGUUUAGUUGAAAAUACGAUUUUUUUUUUUGAGAGAGAGAGAGAGAGAGAGAGAGAAUCGACUUUCACUAAGUUAAGCUAAGUUGCUGCCUGAUUUUUCACCCUACAUCCUGGGGAUGAACAACGAGUAAACUCAAGACGGUGACAAUUUUGGUCACCGGAACUGAACGGUAAAAAAAAGGUUUGUGGAAGCAAGUUCAGUUUUAAUGCGAGAUGUAAGAAGGAGGAAAAAAAAACAAAAAGGCAAGAGUUCUCGCUAAGUUGGUUUCAUGAAUUCAUGUUAAGGAAGCUAAUCCUUGAAGAAAAUGAGAAAGAAUCAAGAAAAGUACUCUUAAAGAGCAUUCAACAGUCAAAGAUGAGCAUUAAUUAAGUUUCUUUUUAAUUCUUACUGUUGUCUUUUUUUUUCUAAUUAUAGCUUUAAGGAAAAAAAAUCAUUGCAUUGAAUCAGGGCGGAGCUUCUCAAAAUCUUUAGCUUUUAACUACAGUCGUUCCUGAAACACAUCUUUUCCCCGUUGAGUGAAGGCACUACUUUAUUUGGAACACAAUGCAUCCAAUGCCCGUAAUAAUUACUUUUUUAAAGAUUAUUCAAUCCUGUUAAAUAAUUCUUCAAUGGUUAAAUUCUCCGCAGGUGCGACGGAAGUCUUGGAACAUGCCCUGGUGCUGAGAUAGAUAGUAUCGCCUUAACAACCGGCACAGCACAACUUAGGGACCAAACAUUUCAGUUAGUCAUUCACUCUCAGUACUAUACAGAUAAACUUUACCUUCAGAUGACAGGAUUUUCCGUCUCAUGUGGCGCAUUGACACUUCAAUGGUUUCUUUUACCAGCAUCCUCUGCUUGCAACAACGCGUCUAGUGUGACUGGAACGUUUUCUUAUAACAAUGUCCAACAAGCGCUGUCAGGAUUAAAUCUUCAAGAUAACAGCAAAUACAAAGUUUCAAUACAAGCUUCUGAUUUAAGAAAUAACAUUCCACAGCUUAUCUGCAGCGGUGAGAUCACAAUUGACACAUCGACGCCUAAAGUUGGGUGGAUCCACGAUGGUCCCGGAGCUGACCUAAGCUACCAAGCCUCCAAGUUCUUGCAGGUAAAUUGGGGAGGAUUCCAAACAAGACAUGGUGUUGCCAAGUAUGAGUGGAAAGUUCUCCUAACUUCUUUUAACAACAAUCAGACAACUGAGCUUAAGUCAUUUACCAACGCAAAUUUAAACACCAGUGCAAGCAAGACCUUCAGUAGCGUUACAGAUGGCUCAAAGGUGACAUUCGUCGUUCGCGCGUUCACAAAAGCGGGCUUGUUUUCCGACCUCACUAGCGAUGGAGUCAUCAUUGACACUUCCCCACCCAUAGCGGGCAGGAUCUAUGAUGGCAAUCAACUUGGUAUAGAUCUCAAGUACGCCAAAUGGACAACCGCGUUUACCGCAAACUGGGACCUUUUUACAGAUCCUCAUUCCCCUAUCUCACUUUAUACAUCGGCAAUACAGCGGCUAGGUGCUGGUUUAAUCACGUCAUUCCAGUCCGCAGCUCUGAACCUCUCCUCAACUGCAACAAACCUGAAUCUUGUUUCUAAGGAAAGCUACUGCGCGGUCGUCAGAGGCUAUAACAAAGCUGGUCUGUACACUCAAGUCAAAUCAGACUGCGUGCUAAUAGACCAUGAUGCUCCACAAGCUGGUGUUGUUAGUGAUGGCCACAUAAGUGAUGUAGACUACCAAUCAGACAAUACCUUGAUUGCAGCACACUGGAAGAGUUUCGCAGACGGGAACAAAGGUAGCGGAAUCGUAGAGUACAAAUACAGAAUAACGGAUAGCAGUGGACGCGUUGUUGUUUCUUGGACGUCAGUAGGAAAUGCGACAAACAUCACACAUACCAAACUGAUGUUAGGAAACAACGCGAAGUAUUUCGUGACUGUUAGAGCAAUCGACGCAGUUGGUCUAACCACUGACGUCACUACUGAUGGUGUUACCGUGGAUACGACUCAUCCUGUGUUCACUGGUCAUGUCAAAGUAACCGGUGAGGAUGACUUCAUUAACGGAACACAAUGUGUAUACGUGCCAAGUGUAUCGUCCAUAUCAGUUGACUGGGUUGGUUUUUCUGAUGCCCACAGUGGUCUCAAGCGCUACGACUGGGCUGUUAUGCCCUUGGGCACGUCGCCAUCAAACUCAGACUUCAAAAUAGUGUCAGGAUCUAGUCUGCCGACUUCUGCAACAUUUAACAAUCUUGCACUGUCCGAAGGAAAGGCAUAUCAAGUCAUCAUAAGAGCAUACAAUAAUGCUUUAUUGUAUAAAGAUGCUCAUUCAGUCAUUGUCAUUCCUGAUGCUACACCUCCGUUCCAAGGAAUCGUUUACGAUGGGCCAAAAUUUCAUGUAGAUAUCGAAUAUCAAGCAGACGUGAGGCAUGUUUACGGUUCCUGGACAAAGUUCCCAGAACCUCACACUGAAGUCAAGCAGUACUAUUUUGCUGUCGGUAGCUGUGUCCCUGGUAACUAUCAUGUAACGGGAAAUACUUUCCUAAGAGUUGAACCUCCAGAGGCUACUUCAUUUAUGCUAACUAACAUCACACUGGCAAAUGGUCAAAAGUAUUGUGUCAAAAUCAAAGCUGAAAACAGAGCUGGAUUGAUAAGCUCCGAAGUGUCUUCGGAUGGCUUCAUCGCCGACGGGACUCCUCCGAACCUACGAGCUGCGCAAGUGCGUGACGGAAGUUCAGGUUCAGACAUCGACCAUCAAGAAAAUACCACAGCAUUGUCAGCAGAAUGGGAUGGUUUUGAGGAUCGCGAGUCUGGAAUCCAGUAUUAUGAGUAUGCAGUAAGCAGAAUUCGUGGAAGUACUGCAGGUGUGUCUCCGUUUCAGAGCGCAGGACUAAAUAACUCAGCUACCGUCCACGGUCUUUCCUUAGCUGAUGAUGUCUAUUACUUCAUUAUUUGUGCUGUGAACAAUGCUGGACUACGCGACUGCAUGAGCUCUGACGGAGUGCUUAUCGAUAUUAGUCCUCCAAGCGAAGGUAUUGUGCACGAUGGAGUCAUUGAACCAGAUCUAAAGUAUCAGCCGUCUCUGUCAGAAAUAGCCGCUAACUGGGAAGGGAUCUGGGACUUAGAGAGUGGUAUAGAAAAAUUUGAAUGGAGUAUCGGUACAAGCAUAAGCGACAAAACCAGUGUUCAAGACUACACAAAUGUUGGUCUUUCGACACAUGUCAGAAGUCAGAGAGUCCUUACUUUACUCAGUGGAACAAAAUACUAUGUGCAUUUAAAAGUGACAAAUCAGGCUGGCUCUGUCAGGGAAUUGGUUUCGGAUGGUGUCAUUCCAGAUAGGACUCCACCAAUACCGAGUACAAUUCUUCCAGGCUUCGAGUCACAGGCUGAAUGGAGGUAUAACGAACAAGACAAUACUUUCUACUCGGCUUCUGAAUCUAACAUCGCAGUUUACUGGAAGAGCUUCUCCGAGCCCGAAAGUGAACUUUGGUACUACAAGUGGGCCAUAGGUACGAGUAGAUGUGGAACUCAAGUUCAAACAUUCAUUAACAUUGGCCGGUCCAACUACGCCAACACUACGAUGACGAGCCUAAUAUUUACGCCCGGAGUAAAAUAUUACGUCACUGUAACGUCUCGAAACCGAGCUGGUCUCGUCUCGCGAUCAUGUUCGGAUGCAAUGGUCUUUGAUGGCACACCACCGAAUCCAGGAGAAGUCAAAGUUGGACAAUCAUCACGUCAAAAUGGAAGAAAAAUGUUUGUUAACAACAGCAGCAUCGCCGUUUCGUGGGGCGAGUUUAAAGAUAUAGAAAGUGGCAUAAAAAUCUGCAACAUCUCCGUUAGGGACAAAGCGGAACAACUUUUAUUUCUUGAGAAGAGCAAUGCAUCCUCGGGUAAUGUUUCUCUGUCUUUGACAGGUCUUCUUCACGGUGAAAGUUACAAUGUCAGUGUAGUUUGUAUGAACAAUGCAGGUCUCGGAGCUUUGACAACUGUCAUUUUUACCAUCGAUAACACGCCACCUAUUCAGACAGGUCCCGUUAUAGCCGGGGUAUCACGCAAUCCAUCAUUCCAAUAUCAGUCGGACACAGAAUCCAUUGUUGCCACAUGGUCUCCAUUUGCCGAAUACGAGAGCGCUGUCCAGAAUUAUCGUUUUGCCAUUGGUACUCGGCCUUACCAAGACGAUAUCGUCAGCUUUGCGAACGUGCAUCUGGCAACGCAGGUAACCAAAAACGACCUCGGCCUUUCCCAUGCAAACGUCUAUUACAUGACAGUUAUAGCAACAAAUCUAGCGGGUUUAAGUACAACAAUUUCUUCGCUUGGACUCGUCAUAGACACAACUCCACCAUUAGCUGCUGACAGUGACGUUCACGAUGGCCCAAGUGGGGAUGACAUCGAUUACUUUUCACCAAAGAUGGCCAUUGAGGCCCAAUGGAAGAACAUAAGAGAUCCAGAAAGUGGCAUAGUAAACAGCAAAUAUUGUCUAGGAACCAAGCCUCGCGGUUGUCAAAUAAAAGCAAUGACAAAUAUUGGAGCUAACAUGUCAAUUACCUGUCCGACCUGUCGUGCUUAUGCGGGGGAGAGAGUGUAUGUAACGGUACACGUUACCAACGGAGCUGGUAUUUCUGUGACACGCAGCUCUGAUGGAAUGCUUUUGGAUACAAGCCCGCCACUGAUGGGUAAUGUCGUUGACGGAAACGAUGCAUUAGGAGUGGACUAUAACAUUGUACUUGAGGAGUGGAACGUCUCCAUGACUUGGUUUGGCGUAGAAGAUGCCGAAAGUGGCGUGCAAUCAUGUAUGUGGAUUAUUGAGGGUGGAGAGAAGGGCAAAAUCCUUCAAGUUGAUGUUACAAAUAACUCAACCUAUGGGAAAAGAAAUGCCCAUUCGAAUUCUCAGAAAUACGCUGAUCUUAAUCUCCUCAAAGAAGCAACCUACUACAAUGUACUGACAUGUUGGAAUAACGCGAGAAUGAAUAGAACUGUUCGAUCCAAUGGUUUUCGAGUAAAGUCUAUCUGGCCCAUACCGAAUUUUGUUAGAGAUGGACUUAUAGAAGGUGUUGACGUCGACUAUCUGACCAGUGUAAAGAAUGUUGGUGCCAACUGGGAUCCUUUUAUGGACGAUAUGGUGGAUCCAGUCGUUGACUAUGCGUGGGGUAUAGGAGCAGCUCCAGGUGAGGAUGACAUUUUGCGUUUCACCAGCAUUGGGCUGAGGACAAGAGUUCAGAAAGACUUGGAAGGCAUCGUACCAGGUCUUGAAGUCUUAACUUUAGGUCAGAAGUAUUACAAUACCAUAAAAGCCACUUCUUCUAAAGGACUCAGCAGUGUAAGCUCGUCUAAUGGCUUUACUGUUGACUACACUCCCCCCCUGAUAACAGAUGUCAUCACCAACCACAGAGUCACGGACAACGAACAAAAAAGCGUUGAGAUAGAUGUUUCUUGGAAUAAAGCUAAAGACGAUGAAAGCGGUAUAAAAAGCAGUGCGUACUGUUUGGGAACAAUACCCCUCACUUGUGUGGCUGAAACAAUACCUGCAGGUUUGUCUACUUCGGGUAUGAUUGGCCCAUUUAUGCCUCAAAUCCGCGCUACAUAUUAUGUGACUGUGUCUGUUGUAAACAAAGCCGGUUUAACGUCUGUUAUGUCGUCAGAAAAACUGAUAUUUGAUAUGACACCGCCUUCAUUGGGCGUUGUAAUAGAUGGGAUUGGCCAAGAUGUCGACUUUAUAGAUUCGACCAAUACCCUGUCGUUUCAGUGGGACGAAUUUGAAGAUAAAGAAUCAGGUGUUGCUGGCUGCACGUGGGUAUUGAUCGAGCAAUCCGUCUCACAUAACAGCUCCUCUUUUGGAAAUGACUCAAUUGUCGCGCAGAAAGUCGUGGAAAGCAGUGGAAACCUCACUGAAGAAAAUCUCAGUCUUGUUCCUGGCGCUCGCUACACCAGUCAAGUAACCUGUACAAACGGUGAUGGCUUUAGUAGCACCUCAUCGUCGGAUGGUGUUGUUGUUGACGCUACCGCACCAAAUGCUGGUGUAGUUCACGAUGGAUUAUCUCUCCUCUUUGAUGUUCAGUUUCAAUUCUCCACGACAGCAGUAGCGGCAUUAUGGGAACCAUUCCGCGAUCACGAGAGUGGCAUAGCAAGUUAUCGCUGGGGCCUUGGAACCAGCCCUGAUAAUGAUGACGUCAUACAUUUUACGGAUGUCGGUAUGAUGACUUCAGCGAUGGCCGGGAAUCUUACCCUCGCACACGGAGUAAGGUAUUACAUUACAGUGGAGGCCACGAAUGGUGCUGGAAUGACGUCGCAUGGAUGGUCUGAUGGCUUUCUCGUUGACACUUCACCACCUGAGUUAACAGAGGUAUGAAGCAUGUGAUUAUUUAUGGGAGUAACUAUGGGAUGGUCUAUGUACUAUGAGAAGUCCGCUUAGUCUGUACUUCAGUAAAUAUCCCUGCUGUAGCGUUAUGAAUACCUUAUUUGUGGAUAGCAUAGUAGCUUGGAGCAAUGGUUGCUUCAUUGCUUCAUACGUGUUACCCUCAAUCUCCUGGAAAUCAUUUUUAAUGGUAAUAUUUUCUGUAAUUUCAAGAGAAAUAUUUCCUGUCCACCAAUUCAAAACAAAAUGUUUGGCUACCCAAUUCAAAUAUUUAACAUACUUUUUAGUCUUGAUUCGUGAAUGUUCCAUCUAAUGAUCUUUUUUCAUCAUUGAAGCUCACGCGUGGUUCUAGUUUGUGGCUUAGACCCGAGGCGAAACUUCAUGCCUCUUGGAAAUCAUUUGAUUUCGAGAGUAGCAUAUCGAAAACAGCAUUCUGCGUGGGAACAGUUCCCAAUGGCUGCCAGGUGAAAUCCAUUACUAAAAUAGCCUACAAUACGACAGAAAUCACUUGCAAUGACUGUAAAACAAGACACCAAGAGACCUAUUACAUCACGGUGCGAGUACAGAAUCACGCAGGGCUCUUUACGUUGGCAACAUCGGACGAAAUAAAAGUGGACUUCACUCCGCCGUCUGUUGGCGAAGUGCUGCCGGCCACCGAUGUCAUAUCAUGUGUACCAAACUGUUCUCUGAUCUCAAACGUCACCUUCUUCCAGGAUGAGGAAAGUGGGGUCAAAUCGUGCAGUUACGCUAUUCGAGACAAUACUCACUUAAUAGGCGAUUUCGUAGAUAAUGGUUUUAAAACGGCCAUAGUAGCAACAGGGCUCUCGUUAGUGGCGGGUGGAAGGUACUACACUGUUGUGAGAUGCGAAAAUAAUGUUGGACUUGUCACAGAAAGAGUAUCUUCCACACCGGUCCUGGUUGAUGAUACUCCACCCACCAAGGUAAGGAAAUAUGGUAUGAAACCAAUAAUGUCUAGGCAACGAUAAAUAAACUAAUAUUUAGUAGUUUUUGAUCCCGAUAUAGUAAUCAGAAAGUUUUCGCUAAACGACCGUAGAAACGCAGUAAUCUUCGUUGCAUUAAAGGUCGUUAUCUUGAGGUUGUUUUUUUUUAAUUACUGCUUGAUAAAAAAAGAAAAUUAAAGUACCCGUUUCCAAAAGAUCUCUUAAUAAGGUGUGAUUGACGUUUUUGUUUGUUUUUUGUUUGUUUUCCUUCUACAGGGCUCGGUAAUAGUAAGCCCAGACCGCACGCAUGACGUUUUUGGACUUCACUCCAGCUGCCACCUUUUCAAUAGAACACUGCGGGCUCACUGGUUUGGCUUCUAUGAUGAAGAAUCAGGAAUAAGCGGAUUUCGAGUUGCAGUUGGCAAACAUCCAUACGCAACAGACGUCCUUUCCUUCCAUGAUGUCGGUGUCACCACAAAUUUCACGUUACCUUUAAAUGGCACGAGCACAUUGUUUGAAGGUAGCAUUGUGUACGUGACAGUCGAAUCACGCAAUUCAGCAGGUCUGGCAACGCAAAGUACAUCGCCUCCCACAAGGUUGAUUUCAGCAGAUAAGGAAGAGUAUAUAGCGGAAGGAGACUUUUUCUGUUAUAAUGUUUAG